AUGGAGCUUUGGGGCCGAAUUUCAGCUGCACCACAUGGCUUACUAGCCCUGUCCCUUCUCCUCCUCCUCCUAGCCAUCCCAAACGCUACAGCCGUGGCCGAGCCAGCCAGCGCCUUGGUGGACCACGGCGGCGAAAUGCUAAAAGGCAACCUGGACCUCUCAAUACUGUUCUACGGCCAAUUGGGCCGCAUCCAAAAAAACGCACUAAGAGCCUUUCUAAAGUCAUUAAACCAAAACGCGCGAGGCGGGGCUGAACCAUCGGUCUCAUCAUGGUGGCACAUGGUUAGCAGCUACGUACACAACGAUAAAGACAUUGCCGUCAGAGUGGUCCAGCAAUACGUGGAUCCAAAUUACACACAUGGCAAAGUAAUGACACGUGAUUUCAUUAAAAUCUUGGUCGAGAAGGCGUUGGUUGGGUUCCCACAUGCUGUGCCCGUGAUCGUGGCAGCCCGGGAUGUGACGGUGGAAGGGCUUUGCAUCGGGCGGUGCUCGGAGCAUGGGGAUAUCGAUGGGAAGCCUUAUGUGAUCCUUGGCAACCCAGAGACGGAGUGUCCUGGGGCGUGCGCUUGGCCGUUCCAUAAAGCGGACUAUGGGCCUGCUGGGCCUGUGCUGAAGCCACCGAGUGGGGACAUUGGGGCUGAUGCUAUGGUUAUUUCAUUGGCUUCUGGGUUGGCUUCUGUGGUGUCCAAUCCGUUUAGGACUGGGCUGUUUCAGCUUGGGCAUAAGAGUUCUGUAAUUGAGGCCACUACGGCUUGUCCUGGCAUGUUUGGCACUGGGGCUACCCCUGGGUAUACUGGGAAGGUCUCUGUUGAUAUCCGGACUGGUGGGGCUUAUAAUGCUGUUGGGUUUAAGGGGAAGAAGUUUCUUCUUCCGGCUCUUUGGAAUCCUAAGACUGAGUCUUGCUGGACUGUUAUGUAA